CUGUCCCCACUGCGAGCAUUCUGCGAACGGAUUAUACUUUUGCGGCGCUACCGAGGCCGCUCGCUUUCCACAGUGACGUCGCGAAAAUCGGAGUGAGAGUCUUGGGCUGACUUCGAGUCCACUCGUAAUUUUUUCCCCCAUCAUGGACGUACUGGCUGGACUCUCGCGCUUCAAGCUUGGAGUCUUGAUAUCAGUAUGCCUGUGGUCCUUGUACUUUUGGGGCAUCCUCCAACCUGUGUUCACGUUCGCGCCGCUUCUUGCUGCGAUACCGACAGUGACGUUCCUCAGUGAAGUUAUCAGACGAAUCAUCGAGUAUCAUCUGGGAAAGCGCACAGUUGCAAUCGGAAACGAUGCUGUACUCAUCACUGGCUGCGAUACUGGAUUCGGAUAUCUCCUCAGCAAACGACUGGCCGAUAAAGGGUAUACUGUUUUUGCGGGCUGUUAUGUGGACAAUGGCGCGGGAGCUGCCGAGCUCCGCGAAUACUCAUCGCGAAUCCAAGUGCUCAACAUGGAUGUUCGAUCCGAUGAUGCCGUGAAGAAAGCAAGAUUGCUCGUAGAAGAGAAACUCGCUGGACAAGGACUUUGGGCGGUCGUCGCGAACGCUGGGAUAGCCAAUCAUGGACCGCUAGAAUGGACGAGCAUGGAAGAAAUUCACAGCAUAUUCGAUGUUAACACUUACGGAGUCCUCAGGACUGUCAAAGAGUUCUUGCCACUCGUCAGGAAGAGGAAAGGCCGGAUCGUUGUUACGACGUCCAUGCUCGCAACGCUCCCGAAUCCAUUAGUGAUCCCAUAUUCAAUGAGCAAAGCGGCUGUGCGAUCACUUGUCGACGGUCUCCAGAGAGAAUUACGAGGUUUCGGAGUCUAUUGCAGUUCUAUCGAGCCCAACUACUACAAGACCAGCAUCGUAGAGAAUCGUAGCAUGGAAGAUUACCACAAGAAGUUCGCUGCGCUCGACGAGAACCUGAAGGCCGAGUACGAAGGUUUCAUGGACACUUGCAGGAAUUACUUGGACGGCGUGAAUUCCUUCAUCAUGUCGGAUAAGAUUGAAGAGCCCUUGAACGCUUUCGAACAUGCUGUCUGCUCUGUCCGUCCGCGGCCAUACUAUCUGGUUGAUAGCCCAAUCCUCAGCUUCGGGAGAGAGCUCCUAAAGCAUCUCAAUGUCGAGGUGCUCGAUGCGGUUGUGUGCUCAUCGCAAUACUUGGGGGGCUUGAAGAGGAGAAUAUGUCCGAAGAAGUGAUAUGUUUGUGACGAAUGAAUUCCUCGUCGAAGUUAGCGACGUAUACUCGCAUCCCAAAUAAAAAAUGUGCUACUGUUCUCGUACGAUGAGUCGCGGGGAUAUCGCGAUAGGGAAUGAAUGCGCUCAAAUUAUAAUUAUA